UUUAUCAACAAUCUUCCUAUAACCCUAAAAUAGCUGUAAAACAGUUGCCUUCGGCAAUAGAAGCUCCGGUAAUUUCACAAUCACCUGAUAUACAAAAAAUGAUUAAUGAGGCAUUAGCAAAGCAGAAAUCUGAAUCUGAUGCUGAGAUAGAAAAAUUAAGAAAGGAAGUUCAAUCCCAAAAUGCACAGAAAACUCAGGCACCAGUUGAACCAGUUAGACAUCCAAGAGCCCCUCCAUCGAAUUUAAUUACGAAAGAAGAUUAUGAAACUUAUUAUUUAGGUAAAUACUUAAAUGAUUUAGGUAUAUAUAGUAAAGAAGAUUUAGAUUCAAAUUAUCCUAAAAAACCUUUUCAAAGAUCUCGUCCACAGCAAAAAGAUAACUCUGUUAGAUUAGAGGAAAAAGUAGAUGAAAUUGGGCAUAUGUUAUCUCAUCUUAAUAUAAACAAUCAAUCCAAAAAACCGAUAGCCAAAUCAAAUCGAACACAACGAUAUUAUCCCUUUCAACCAAUAAAUUAUAACUCUUCAGCUAAUAUAAAUAAUGGAAAUAGUGGAUAUAAUGAAGAAAAUGACAUAUGGUAUGAUGAUGAUUCUGAAAAAAAAAAACGAGUACCAGUAAAUAAAAACUUACCUAGUAACUCUGCUAACCCUUCUUCUGAUCUAGCAACUAUCCACCCCGAAACAUAUGAUCA